GAAAUUUCGACCAAUCACGGGUCGUUUAUCAUUUUCCGCUACAUUCAAUCCAAAAUGGCGUCUUGCUAAAGAAAAUUUUGGCUUUGUCCCGAGAUUUUUGUUGCAAAAACUCGGGAAUUUCGCCCCUUUUAGAAAAGAUUAACCGAGAAAGAGGGCGCGAUGACGUCCAUACACGUUGUGGUGCACCCUUUGCCCGGGACAGAAGACCAGUUGAACGAUCGGCUGAAGGAAGUUGCAGACAAGAUCAACAAGCAUGGGUAUGUUAGCCCUCCAGCGAUCAGCCAACUUCGAGGCCAAGUUGUAAGGGAGUGCGUGGUUGGACCAAACCAUAUUGCUUUCCUAUUGGAGGAUGGUCGUGUGUGUCGCAUGAGUUACCGUAUCCUGACAGAGCGACUGGACUUGUCCAAGAAUGACCCCAACAAAAAUAACAGUGCUGGGACCAGACUGCCAACAAGGACCCGCGGCCGUGUGGUGCGUGGCAGCGGACAGGGCAGUAGAGGCACGCGGGGAACCACCAGCGUGAUCGUGGGGUCACGACCCAUGGUACCCGCGUCUGUCGUGCCAGAAGAACUGGUUAACCAGGCGCAGGUUGUACUACAGGGGAAGUCUCGCAGUGUCAUCAUCAGGGAGCUACAGAGAACGAACCUUGAUGUGAACUUGGCAGUGAACAAUCUCCUAAGCAGAGAUGAUGAGGAAGGAGAUAACGAUGAUGAUGCCAGCGACUCCUACAUGCCGGGAGAUGACCUAAUGUCCCUGCUGGAUGCUGGUCUCCACUCAGACCACCCCAGUGUGAUCAUCGACGCUGACAUGUUCUCUGAGGACAUGUUUGGUUACGCUUCUCUACGCAGCAGGGUCAGGGGAGCUUCCAGAUCUAACCCAGGCGACCGUGAUCGUGACUCUGACCGUGAGCGUGACCGUGACCCGGUAUUCCGCCUGCGGGAGCGCCCGCGCUGGCUGGACAGCGCCCUGCGUGACGCGGCGGGACUGGGCACGGCCAGCUCGGCAGGCAGCACCAGCGGGACAGCUGAGGCCAAGAAAACCACAAACCCUCCUCCCGAGACACCGCUGUCGUUUGGGGAGGAACUGGAGUGGUGGAAUGAAAAGGCUGCUGGUACUCCCAGAUUUGUCCACAUUGCUGCCAUGUACAGUGAACUGAUUGCUGUCGGUGUGUCCGGCCAGCUUUACCAGUGGAAAUGGGCAGACCCUGAACCUUACUGCAAUCCUGAGAACUCAGCCGUUCACCAUCCACGGAGCUCAGCUUUAGGCUUAAAUGGAGAGAAGGUCCUCCUGAUUUCUUCUUGUUCUGUCCGAGCAUCUGCUGUCACUGAGUCAGGCAAGGUUGCCACGUGGGUUGAUGAAACUCUGAGCUCUGUGGCCACAAAGUUGGAACAUCCAGCCCAGGUGUUCCUAGAGUUCCAGGGAGAGAGGAUGUCAGCCAUCUACACCUGUUCUCUGUACACCUGUGUGCACCUGGAGUCUGGCGGACUGUACUGGUGGGGCGUCCUGCCAUUCAGCCAACGAAAGAAGCUAGUAGAGAAAGCUCGGACACGAUCCAAGAAGAGUGGCAGCGACACCAAGUCGAGUGACAUCACCACGGGCAUGCAGGUCUGCCUGCGCAGCUGUCCCAUCUACCAUGCCGGCGCGCUCGCUUUUACAACCGUCGGCUCCGUGCCGAAAGUCGGGCAACUCUUGGAGUCAGCCUGGAACCUGUCCGACACUUGCAGAUUUAAGGUGCUGUCGCCACAGAAGGAAGAUACAAAGUCUGGGAAACCCGAGGGGGUGAAGGAAGCCAAAUCAGAGACUAAGACAGACAUGGGCCCCCCUCCCUCCCCUGCCUCAACAUGUAGUGAUGCUCCCUCUGUGUCAAGUGUGGGGUCUCUCAAGCGGAAGCGUCCUCUGGUCCUACCCAAGGAAGAUGAUGACUGUAAGGCCUCCAACGAGGAACGCUGGGCCCUGAAGGAUGUGGUGUUCAUUGAGGACGUCAGAUCAGUGCCUGUUGGGAAGGUUCUGAAGAUUGACGGAGCGUAUGCAGCGGUGUGGUUCCCUCAUCAGCGCGACCCCAGCCCGACAACGAGCCACGACGACCCGGCCGCUCUGCUCCAGGAGUGUCGCCUACUGAGGAAGGAUGAGCUUCAGGUUGUGAAGCCCACUGCAGUGCCCAAGGUGCCUGACUGUUUCCAGAGAAUGCCCAAAAAGCUGCCCGUCAUGGACAAUGCCAAGAUCCUGGCAGUCACCGUGGACAGCAGAGGCGUGCACGUUAUCGCGAAGGUUGGAUCGCGGCUGAUGUACCUGGUGUACGAUCUCGGCACGGGGAAGGCAGAACAGGAGAGCCUGUUCCCGACAGACGCCACAGCUUUCCUCGGUCACGCUGAAAACUCCAUCACUCUGUACAGUGGAGGACAGGAUGUGGUGAACUUGUUGAGAGAUGGAAACGGCGCCAUCUAUCCUCUAGCGAAGGACUGCAUCGAGGGGAUCCGGGACCCGGUCUGGCUGGACCUGCCCCCGGCGCGAUGUAUCGGACUGGGCAUCCAGUCUCUCAUUGACCUACCCAGCGCCUCCGAACUGAAGAAGAAAGCAGCGGUCGUGGUACUGGCAUUUGAGACCCAGCUGUUGAUGCCCCAUGUUCUGCGUUGUGACUAUGAAUCAGUUAAACAGUUCCUGUACUCUCUGGAGAGAGACACAGGUUCCAUCAACACCCAGAACACGAUCCAGCAGGUGCUGAGCGAGCGUUGUGAUGGCAACAGGAACGUGUUCCACGCCUGUGUCGCCAUGUGCUGCCCCACGACCAACCAGGAUAACAACAGCUCUAACAGCAACAACGAAGCAGGAACGUCCAACUCAGCUCAGUGGGAGUCCAUCACCAGCAGGAUCAGUGCUGUCAGUAACGCGGUGGACGCCCUGGCCAACGCCAUCUCUGCAGCCUCCAGCUCAGGGGGAGGGGGGGCAGGGGCAGGAGCCACCGGGGGGUCCAGCAGUGGGGGGACAGGCACAAGCACACGCAGUAUGAGCCUGCGUGAGAUGAUGCGGCGAGCGACCUCGGCGGCCCGUGCUGUCGGCGGGACGUCCCAGGAAGACGGUGACCCCAUCCCGACCCUGAACUGGCCGCCCGACCCUCCCCUGUUUGAGUCUGCUAACUCAGAGGACGACAAUGUCAGUCUGUCCACGAAUGCCGCGACCGCUGGGGGGCUCACGGGGUCUUGUGGUUCUGUUAGUUCGUACUCGUGUGCGAGCUCCGUUGAUGAAAAUACCGUACUUCCAGCGAGCACGGACGCGGCGGAGAGGAGCGGCCAUGCCCUGUGUAUCCUGACGCUGCUGUGUGAGACGCCCGUCCUGAAGCCCUAUCUCGUGGAUCUUCUCUCCGCUAAGGAUGCCCAGGGUCAGACCCCGUUCAUGGCAGCAGUAAGUGGAAGAGCCUACUCUGCAGCACUGGCUAUACUGGACACUGCACAGAGGGUGGCAGGCAAGGACAACAAGGAUGGUAUGGACAAUGAGCUGGCCAUGAGUAUGAUCUACCCACCUGGCUCUAACCUGGACGACUCCCCGCUACACGUGCUGUGCUGUAACGACACCUGCAGCUUCACCUGGACAGGUGCUGAGCAUAUCAACCAGGACAUUUUUGAGUGCCGUACAUGUGGACUGGUGGGGACUCUGUGUUGUUGUACGGAGUGUGCAAGGGUCUGCCACAAGGGACAUGACUGCAAACUGAAGCGCACGUCGCCCACGGCAUACUGUGACUGCUGGGAGAAGUGUAAGUGUAAGGCACUGAUCGCAGGACAGCAGACGUCACGACUGGACCUCCUCAACAGGCUCAUCAACGACACCGACCUGGUCACUCAGCCCAACAGCAGAGGAGAGAAUGUCCUGCUGUUCCUGGUUCAGACCGUUGCGAGACAGAUCGUGGAACAGCGCCAGUACCGCCCGCUGCGCAGAACUGACUCCAGAACCGCCGCUCGCAAACCCAUCGGUGAGGAAGACCCAGACAUGCCCGACCAUGACCUUGAGCCGCCGCGGUUCUGUCGCCUGGCCCUGGAGCGGAUCCUGCAGGACUGGAAGGCGGUGAAGGCCAUGAUCACCAGUGAGUGUCCGGGACGGGACCGUCGCUCGCCCAUUCCUGACCUGCUGCCGGAGGAACAGGUCUACCUGGACCAACAGAGCGGUACCAACAAACUGGACAGCUUUACUCACUGUCUGCUGGUGAAAUGUAGCGUGGAGAUGUUGGACACCCUGCUGAGCACGUUGAUUCGUGAGCUACAGAACGACGCCGUGGCGGGACGGAAGGAGGAGGCCACCAAGAUCUCGCGCCGGUUCAUCCGCUCCGUGGCUCGCGUGUUCGUCGUGCUCAGCGUUGGCAUGACGCCGGGCAAAAAGAAAAGCUCGCUGCCAUCCCAACCACUGAUGAAAUGUCGUCACGCGUUCCAAGCCCUCAUCAACCUCGCUAUCGAAGAACUGUGCCAAACCGCCGAGUCCCUCAUCACCCCCGUCCGCAUGGGAGUGGUACGACCCACUGCCCCCUUCUCAUUGGUCAGUGCCAACAUUGAUGCAGUCCAGGGAAGUGAAGAGCUGUUUAACGUGGAGCCGCUGCCCCCGCGGCCGUCAUCUGCAGACCCCCCACGUGUGUCUCAGGUGUCAUACUCGCGCCAGCCCCAGGGAACCAGCCAAUCAGAUCGCUCGAGGGAGCGGGAGGAAGAGGAGCAUGACGUGGUGGUGGCAGAUGUAGAAGAGGUUGAGGUAGUAGAGGGUGUGGUUGGUGAGGAGGAUCGUCAUGACGACUCCAGUCCCCAUGGUGACCAGCAGAUGGACCACGCCGAGGAGCAGCACGGGGAGAGCAGGGCAGAGGAUCACCAUGACGACGAAGCUGGAAAUGAAAGUGACAUGGACCUGGACCUGCUGGCUGAAAGUGAGAGUGACAGUGAGAGUAACCAUAGCAACCAGGACAACGCCAGCGGCAGGCGCAGCGUCGUUACGGCAGCAACAGCCGGGUCUGAGACAGGUGCCGGAAGCGUUGCAGCAUACUUCUCGGAGGAAGACUCCUCGUCCAAUCAGGAUGAAGAAGAGAGCGAGGAGAGCGAGAAUGAAGAGGAGAACAACAGCAUCGCUAACGAGCUGCCCGACGAACAGCUGGAGAGGGUCACCACGCCCGGUAACCAUGGCAACAACACGUCCCAGGCUCCGACGGCGCUGCAGUGGGCGGUGAGACAGCCGCCCCCGCGGACACCGGCUACUACCAGUUCUACUCCUGCUACUGCUACUUCUCAAGGUGGACUGAUCUACAUUGACCCUUCCACGCUGCGUCGCACAACCACCGUCACCACCACGCCCUCCACGUCCGUCUCCACGGAUACCAGCUCCUCCCAGACCGUCUCCACCACGGCCAGUUCCCUGGCGCGGGCCUUCAGCAUCGUGAUCCGACAGAUCGCAGACCUGAUGAGCAUGCUGCCCGACUACCCCGCAGUCGCACCACUGCCCAAACCUCUGCCUAUCACCUAUCAGGACACUUUGGAUCUGCAGAUGUAUGUUGAGAUGCACCUUCGCUGUACCUGGGACUGGCUCAUCACAGUUAUGGAUUCUACAGAAGCCCAGCUACGCUACGGGUCCGCCCUGGCCAACUCCUCGGACCCUAACCACCCGACCCACCCGCUGUACUCCCAACAGAACCGGCGCAGAGACCGCUUCGCCGUGCGACAAGAGGAGAUCCUGCGACAGAUCGAGAGCAGGCGUCGCGGCCGGAUCAUCCCGGGUAGUCUUGCAGACGCAAGCGCGACUCGGCGAGACUUCAUGACGUACGCGCUGUCUCUGAUGCGCUCGCACCACGACGAACACUCUGGUAUCUUACCGGUUUUGGACGUGUCGGCGCUCAAACAUGUGGCGUACGUUCUCGACGCGCUGGUGUACUACAUGAAGUCUGGAUCGGAAGGGGGAGCGGAGAGUGCCAACAUACGCGAUUCGAUCAGCGUCGAUUUCUACGACGACAACGAUAACGACGAAAAUGAUGAAGAGGUCGCCACCCACACAGCGCUAAUGGAAACCGACAGUAUGGACAGCGAUACUAUACCGAGCAGUACGGGACGGAAACAUCCGUUUUUCCAGCGAUCGGAGUCGACAACCUUCCUAGGCUGCCCGCCGCCGGAUCCUUUCGAACUGCCACUAGCAGAAGCCCUCCCAUUGGCCGAGCAGCCGCACCUUCUCCAACCGAACGCUCGGCGGGAACAGCUGUUCGGGCGCCCGCGCCAAAUCAUCAGCCAAUCAGGCGCGAGCGCAGCGCUAGAACGUAGCGUGGUCGAAGUUUUACCAACUCACCUCGGACUCAACCCUCAUAGGAAUAGUGCGUUCACCCCUGUUGCUAGGAGACCAAACGAGCCGACGCCCGGCCCAUCUGAUGUGUCGCUAGACCUAAGAACUCAGUCUACCGCCCGCUCCGAAACUCAAGACCAAAACAGGAGCGAACUACUAGUGACGGGCCACGGUGGGGCGGAGUCGGCUGUUGGCAUGGAAACGGGAGCUUCCAUUGAGCACGGAGGGAGGGACUAUGUUGGGGCGACUGUCACAGUGGACACGUCACACCUGCAGACCAUUCCACCUCCAUCCAGCUUACAGAACAUGUUGGGGUACAUUACCCAUGACUCCCUGCUGGGGCGGUGGCGGCUGUGUCUGGAGCUGUUCGGCCGCGUGUUUCUGGACGACGUCGGCGCAGAGCCAGGCUCCGUCCUCACCGAACUGGGCGGCUUCGAGGUCAAGCAGGCCAAGUUCAGGAGAGAGAUGGAGAAACUGAGGAACUCACAGCAGAGAGAUCUCACUCUAGAGGUUGAGAGAGAGCGUACCCUGCUGAUCCAGCAGACCCUGCGGCAGCUCAACACCCAGUUCGGCCGGCGCAGCUCCACGGGGGGUCCUCCCAUGGCCGUGCACCGCGUCAAGGUCACCUUCAAGGAUGAGCCGGGGGAGGGCAGCGGGGUGGCACGCAGCUUCUACACCGCUAUCGCACAGGCGUUCCUGUCGUCGGACAAGUUGCCCAACCUGGACUCAGUACUGGGGGGGACCAAAGGUGUGCACUACAUGUUUCGCUCAGGCCUGAUCCAACGCCUGAGGUCCCGGGAAAGAGAGCGUGAGAGAGAGCGGCGCAGCAGCAGCAGCGGCAGCCUGCGCCGCUCGGUGUCCCGGGAACGGGAACGCUCGGCCAAUCAGAGGGGCCAGCUGUCCAUCGACGCCCGCCCCUUCUACCCGGGCGGUAACCGUGACAACGAGGAUGAGCCCCUCCCUCCUCACAGACAAGCGCUGGGAGAGAGGCUGUACCCUAAAGUACAGGCACUGCAGCCUUCUCUGGCAGGUAAGAUCACUGGUAUGCUGUUAGAGAUGUCGCCUGCACAGCUGCUGUUACUGCUGGCCAGCGAGGACUCCCUGAGACAGCGCGUGGAGGAGGCUGUGGACAUCAUACUGUCUCAUGGAAGAGAAUCCACUGCUGACCCCUUGGGAGCUAUUGACCUGUUCAGCUACAGUUCAGACACCAAGGCGAAGAAGGCGUUCCACAGCGAGCGUUACCCGGAUGACGAGGAUUCCGACGACGAGGACAACUCCCCGCUGUUCUACCAGCCGGGGAAACGCGGCUUCUACUCCCCGCGGCCGGGACGCAACACGCCCGAGAGACUCAACUGUUUCAGGAACGUCGGAAGAAUUCUGGGGCUGUGUCUGUUGCAGAAUGAGCUGUGUCCCAUCACACUAAACCGGCAUGUCAUCAAGGUCAUGCUAGGCAGGAAGGUUGCUUGGCACGACCUUGCGUUCUUUGACCCCGUGACCUACGAGAGCAUGCGGCGGCUCAUCAUCGAUGCACAGGCGCCCGACGCAGAGGUCAUCUUCUCCGCCCUUGACCUGACCUUCUGUAUCGACCUCUGUCGCGAGGAGGGCGGGGGUCAACACGAGCUGAUCCCGGGAGGCGCAGACAUGGCGGUGAACCCCGCCAACGUGUACGACUACGUCCGCAGAUACGCGGAAUAUCGUAUGUAUGGAUGUGCCGAGAAGGCACUGCAGGCCCUGAGAAGUGGACUGUUCGAUGUCCUGCCCAGAAAUGCGUUAGACGGGCUGACAGCUGAGGACUUCCGGCUCCUGGUGAACGGGUGUGGAACCAUCGACAUACAGACUCUCAUCAGCUACACUUCAUUCAACGAUGAAAGCGGUGAUGGUACGGAGAGGCUAACCAAGUUCAAGCGCUGGUUCUGGUCCAUUGUGGAGAGGAUGCCUCACCAAGAAAGGCAGGACCUGGUUUACUUCUGGACAGGCAGUCCAAACCUCCCGGCAAGCGAGGAGGGUUUCCAGCCCAUGCCGUCGAUCACGGUCCGUCCUGCCGACGACCAACACCUCCCGACCGCGAACACGUGCAUCUCGCGCCUGUACAUCCCUCUGUACUCCAGUAAAGUCAUCCUGAGGCAGAAACUCCUUCUAGCAAUCAAGACCAAACAGUUUGGCUUUGUAUGAAAACAUACGUACUCUUAUCUAAAAUAUUGGAAAAGGAAGGACAAAAACAAAAUCUUACAGACUGGAAAACUGAAGUGUUAUUUACAUGUGUUCUUCCUGUGGAUUUUUAAUGAACAUGACCUCAUCACAUGACAAAAUCGUGUAUCUCACAUGAUCACCACAUGAUCACCACAUGAUCGUCACAUGAUCGUCACAUGAAUGCUUGAUUGUGCUCACAUGCAAAGGCUAGAUAUUUUUACAGUACUACCCGAGUGUAUACAUGUAGCAUGUACAUUCCGCAUGUGAGAUGUGUAUUAACCGUGGCAUAUUUUGCUAUAUAUAAAAGUAUAGUCUGCUGCUCUCUGGCUCCUGUUAGGAUAUUUGCAACAAUAUUGUACAGAUGUGGCAUUUGUAAGAAUGAAUGACUCCUAGUAACAGUAUUGACUGCUUUGUGGAUUAUUAAUGUUUUCACCCAUGUGACAGUACAAAAAAAAUCACUUUUUGGAUGAACCUAGUGGUAAAAUCGAAAUAGGGAACUGUUGUCAAACUACAAAUCAUGAUGGUCACAUGGCUAAUCACAUGGCUGUCACAUGAUCACUUCAUGAUUAUCACAUGACUGUCACAUGAUUUUCAGAUCGCUUAACUGCAGGAUAAUAUGAUUGAUAAAAUGUUUCAUUUAUGGAUACUUCUUGAAUAAGUGUAAAUUAAUAAGGUACUUUACCUGUACAUUCCCCAUUUCGUCAAUGUACAAUUUGUAUAUGACAGGGAUAUGUAUUUAAUAUUAUUUUAUGUUGAAUCAACUCGGACACCCUAAACUGUAUAGCAACAUCAAGAUGGACUAUACCAUGUAUGUACAGAAGGGAGGGGUGUUAGGAUGUAUACUAAGUAUGGCCAGAUGAAUGGUAUUGAAUGCUGCAAGACCUUUUGGAGGCCAUUAAUUAACAGUGCAAAUUCCUAUGGUGAAGGGACUUUUGUAAGGUACAAUUCCUUUCCUAUGUCAUUAAUAUGAUUUUGUUGUUUGAGAUUCGCAAUUGUCCAUACACACAAAAAGUGCUAAUACAACGCUUCCGUUUCAAAUGUUUUCAUUUGUUGGU